AUGUCGACCAACAUGCUGCACUCCAUGUCGCCCACCACGCCGGGAUUACAAAGCCUUCCGCACCCCUUCGCCAGCCCCAACAGCAACCACGCCCGCGGCUUCAAGCGCUCCGCCUCGAGCGAUGACGACGACAAUGCCGACGGAGAUGCGCGCCCCUCGUCGUCGCGGCGCAAUACCGCCGUCAAGCGCGCGUGCAACGAGUGCCGCCAGCAAAAGCUCAAAUGCAACGUCCAGCAGGAUCCCUUUGUCAGCUGCGCCCGCUGCCAGAAGCAGAAUCUACGAUGCGUCAUCGAGCCCAACUUCAAGCGCAUUGGCAAGCGCAACCGCAAUGCCGAGAUGGAGAAGGAGAUGGAGUACCUGCGCGAGAGGCUCGCCAUGUAUGAGGGCCAGGCAGCGGCGAACCAGCCCGUCGUCAAGGCUCCCCAGCACGUGUCAGACACCCACGGCUUCACCACCGGCACAGUCCCCAAGGUCGAGGACGACGCAUUUCUACAGACCCAACACACCCAGGUAGCGGCCACAUCUUUACUCGACUUGCGCAGUGGAUCUCCCAUGUUCUAUUCACUUGGCGCGGGCGAAGUGCGCCUCGGGCACAGCGAGGUCAAUGACUUGUUUACCGAGUACUUCCAGCUAUAUCACCCAUUCUUGCCAUUCCUAGACCAGGUGCGGUCGCCUGAGGAGUACUAUUCCCAAGACCAUAAGCUCUUGUUCUGGGCCAUUGUUGCUGUGGCUGCGCGGCGAUAUGGACCCCGCCCGUCUCUCUUGAAGGAACUUGCCAAACCGCUCAGCGAUCUGAUCUGGGAUUCGAUAAGGAAUCAGCCCAACCACCAUGUAGUCAAGGCGCUGUGUCUUCUCUGUACUUGGCCUUUACCGGCAGAGCGAACCGUGACGGAUCCAACCUUUAUUCUGUGCGGUGCCAUGAUGCAGGUUGCUAUGCAAAUAGGCCUUCAUCAGCCGACCCACCCAGAGGACUUUACUAGAACAAAGGUGCGCCUGCGACAAGAGGACAUACACGACCGUCUGAGGACAUGGGCGGUCUGCAACAUUGUAGCCCAAACGGUAUCGACAGGCAAUGGCCAGCCUUCCAUCACACUCUAUGACUCCACCCUUGACUUCAAGGUGGAUGACGAAGAGCACAUGCGCAUCAUACCACCGACAUUGUUCGUCCGUCUUCGGCAAGAAAUGGCAGCAAGCAGAAUCAACAAGCUCCUCUAUUCAGUGAACAGUCGUCGAUUUGCAGACGGUGCUGCGCUCAGCUACAUGAGUCUUGAAGCCGACCGUUUGAAAGAGGAACGUGUCAGAGAGCAAAAUGGCUCCCUCGAUGGUGUGGACAGUGACCUAGAAGAGCUCUAUCAUUAUGCCGUCACACUACACCUCCAUUUAUACUCUUUCUUCAAUUCUGAAGCCCGAUUGGAACGACGCGACGAUCUUGUCGCAUUAUACUUUGCCGCAACCGCAUACCUGGAGCGUGUCUUCAAGUUGCAGCGCGACAGCAAACUACUCUACGUUCCAUAUUACGUGAUGCAGAUGGCUCUUGCGGCUGGCUUUGCGCUGCUCAAACUUCUCAACUCGGACUUUGCCAGUAAAUUGCCCGCGGAUAAAGGCCGACAGUUUGUACUGCAGACUGUCGAUUCCUUGAGAAAGGCCAAGGUGUGGUCUAACGACCUGCUGGAUCGGUUUGCCGAAGUGUUGGCGCAGCUCUGGAAGGAGAGUUCCCGAGGACGUAGCCUACACAGCAUGUCGCAGUCACCUUCCCUCAGCAACGCGGGCAUGAACAGCAUGUUCAACCACCACAAUCAGCAACAACACCAACAGCUGCUGCAAGAGCAUAGACGAGGCAGUGCCGGUAUGCUGGAUGACCCCCUUGGCCUAAUAAUUCGAAGCCGGAUGAGCAUGAGCGUAGUAUUUGAUUGUGCGUGGCGCUGGCGAGAAGCGCAGGUUAGUGGCUCCGCAGAGCAGCUCGAGAACACCGUCAUGACGAACCCUACGAAUCCCGACUCUUCGAAUAACUCGACGCCCCCUCCUGGCGAUCCAAACGAAAACCCUGCGCAUACCCUUCCGACGUUCAAUCCUCACAUCAACACGCUGAGCAUGCCGCUUCAACUAACUAAUGGAAUGGCCAAUGCUAACAGCUUUGAAAUGUUCGACUCGGUCUCUUGGCUUCUGGACACCCAGCCAGACUGGACGUAUGGAAGCGGCACUUUUGGUAACGACUUUGGUGUAUAGAGUAACGGAGGUUCUUGAGCCUUUGUGGUUUUCCAACAAGCAGACUCACGACUGGUUCAUUCGUCACUAAGAUUUUGGGUCCCGUGUGCCUGGCCAUUUGGAUCAUAUCUUUUCGUUUGACGAGAACCGUGCUGGUGCGGCGACUGGACAGUUGCCAUUGCUUGGAACUGAACCAAAUCUGGAUGUGUGGUAUUUGCAGGGGUUGCAUUUGUUUUAGCGUGGCGUUUUGGGCUGACCUCAGUGUCAAAGAGACUCUUUUUUUUAUGCUAUCACAUUAAUUUCUUCGUCCUCUGAUAGGGUCGAAGCUAUGGUCUCUAUAGCAAUGGGAAGAAAGGCGUGCUACUUAUGGCUGUAUGGAGAGUGCGAGAGAG